GCUGUUGAAGAUGACUGUCAUAAAGUCAAUCAACUAUUAUUCUCGCAUCCCACGCAAUAACACGGUAUAAAUACUCCCGACUGAGUGAAUUCUAGUUUACUCCACUCCCAGUUCUGCAGAAGAAAGGUAAAAUACUUUUACACUUGAGUACGUGAAAAUGAACUUGCAACUGUUGUUAUGCUUGGCGUGCAGUCUUCUCGUGGUUUUGCCAUCAGAAGGAUCUUACCGUCGUACAGCGAUUAAACGACUCUUUGAAGACUUACUGCGAGACAGUGGAGAGGAACUGCUUUGCAUGUCCUGGUCAGAUCAACAGCCAGAAAUCUGUGGAGAAAUGGUCAAAACUGAUCCUGGAUACUGUCAAGACUAUGGCGAUCAGCCCUUCUGUCGUAGGACUUGCAGCCCUUGCGGACCUAAAAAAUUGAAGCCUCCUGCGCCGUCAGGUGAAUGUGAGGACAAGAGAGACGACUGCGCAUAUUUAAUGAAUUUGUACGGGAUGGAUCACUGCAAAGGGCAGCCCACUUAUGCUUCAAAGUACUGCAGGAAAUACUGCAAACUUUGCCAGAAACCCCUGGGCAGCGUCUGGAACCCUUGAGGAAUGAUGAUAGAAUCAUGUAGCAAUAUGAGGCAAGAUGUUGGUCUAACGCUUAAUUUGACAUUUGAGAAUUCAAUGCUCAAUAGAUCGAUAUUGAUAAGAUGAUCAAGCUUAUUGUACUAUAGUUAAGUUUCAAUAUAUAUUCCUAGCAAUUAUGUUAAUAAGUUGAUGACUUGAGAUUUGACUCGACAAAGAAAUAAUAUUCCUUUACUCAAUAUUAUAUCAUUUAAAACACUUGGUCGGUUAUACUUUCCAUUAUCCAACAAUCGUGUACUAUAGUUUUAUAAAUUUUGACAAUACUCUUUUAAAUAUCAUGAAUAAUAAAAGUUUCUACAAAGUAUUUGAUUACAA